AUGUCUUAUAAUCCAUAUUAUAGCGAAUUUGGCAGUGAAAACAAUGUAGCUGCUGGAAGACAUAAACAUCCACAACAGGAGGUAGCAGGAGCCGCACAUACUACUGCUCAACAACCUCAGACGCAACCAAAUGGAUCUUUUUUCCCAACUGCAAGCACAAACAUGGCAUUUCAAUUUGGUCAAACGGCUUUCAACCAGUUUGUUGGGCAAGAAAAUAUCAGUCAUCUUCAUGAAACUGUUUCCAAAGCUACAGGAGCUACAAAUUCAAGCAUCUCACACUACUUUCAGGUGUCAAACUCCUAUGUCUUUCAUAAAUUGAAGAUCAUAACGGUACCAUUUCUGCAAAAGAACUGGCAACGUAUCCCCGACUCUUCGAAUUCUUUCCAACCACCUCGUGUUGAUGUGAAUUCUCCAGACUUGUAUAUUCCAGUCAUGGGAUUAGUGACGUAUAUUCUGGCUUGGAAUCUCGGUCAAGGUUUGAAUGGGUCAUUUGAUCCAGAGAAUUUGUAUUUCAAGCUUUCUUCUACAUUAGCAUUCUUCUUUUUGGAUUUGAUAAUACUAAGACUCGGAUUAUAUCUACUAGUGAGCAAUACUACAUCCCCUGUUACUUCUUUAGUAGAACUUACAUGCUAUGUUGGAUACAAGUUUGUUCCUUUGAUUUUUUCUAUGUUUUUCCCUGCAUCUUUUGUAUGGUUAAAUCGUUUGGCAAAAUUAUCUCUCUUUGGUGCAUUUGGGGUCUUUUUAUUGAGAUCAAUAAAAUUCAACCUAUUUGUAGAUAUGGGAAACAAUACAGACUUCUCAUUCAAGAAGGGAACUGUCAAGAAAGUAAACUAUUUCCUAUUCUUUUACGGCUUCUUCUGGCAAAGUGUUUUGAUGUGGCUAAUGGGCUGA